GAUGUCCAGAGAUCCACGGCGGCGAAAAGAAAGUCAAGAGAACGGCAGCGAACGAUCCGAGACGUCGAACAGAGUUGUAGAACUGCUCAACCAAGCUCAACUAAGCGACAGAGAUGGAAAACUAGAGUGUCUCGGCCAAGCUCAAGAGCUUGUUUUCAAUAGAGAACCUGACCUCCUUCCAGUUUACCUCGAGGAAUUCUUAGCCUAUCAUCAUGAUAGACAUCCUGAUGUUAGGAAGCUUGUAGUUAGUUUCAUGGAAGAAGCUGGGAGGAGAGAUCCUUACUACACAGUACUAAUUGCUCCAAUUCUGGUUUAUCUGCUCCACGAUGAACACUUGUCUGUCGUAAGAAAAGUCGUCCAGAGUAGCACGUUUCUGUACAAAGUGGCCCUAAAGCUGAUUUCAGCACAACGAGAGCCAAGCAAUGCUCUUUCGGAGAUGUGGAAGUCGAUGAGUGAUAUAAGGAGUCAAAUCCAAGAACUCGUCCAGUCAUCAUCGGUCGAUGGUGUAACAACAGUGAUGAUAAAAUUUGUGGAGAUGAUCGUUCUGAGUCAUUCUGCUAAAACAGAGAUGUCUGAAGUGCCUAAGAACGUUGAGUUGACUGUAUCUUUGGAUAUGAUUGCUGCUGAUCAUCCUUUCAUCAAACCUGCUGAUCUUAGGUCAUCGUGUGGGGAAGCAUUUGAGUCACUUUUGAAACUGACGACGUCUCCAUCUAUUUCAUGCGUUAAUUUAAUGGCCUGUAUUGGCUGUUUGGCUAAUAUUUCUCGUCAGAGGCCCGCGUUCAUGCCUGUUGUUGUGCAGGCAUUUGAGUCGCUUCAUGCAAACAUGCCACCUACGUAUACAAAAUCUCAUGUCAACAGUGUGGUCAAGAAUAUGAAGACACUGCUUCUUUCAUUUUUGCGGCACUCCUCAUCUGUGGACUUCCAUUCUGAUUUAAUCCCAUUAUUAACAGAAAUUGGCUGCACACCUAAUGAGAUCGAUAAGAACAGACCAAAGGUUGAUUCUACAAAGCGGCUCAGAAAUGAAUCUGCGCCUCUUUCAACUGCAAAAAAAUCAAAACUGCACAUCGACGAGACCUCCAUACGGGAAGUCACACCAACAGUACCAGCUAUUGAUGUUACGUUUGAGGAUAUUUUUCCACGACUGACGCCGGAACUGGUUGCUGAGGUUGUCUUCUGUACAAUGGAACGACUGCCAGACUUGUGUCCAGACACGUUUCUCUCUAGCUAUAUUCCUGAAGACAAUCCAGGUACCCAAAUGCAUGUCACAUUUUUGGCUCACAUGUUAGCGGCACAGAUGACGGCUGCAGGUGUCGGAAUAGGAAUGCAGAGAACGAAAGAAAAGUUAAUGGGACAGGUUCAGACACAGAAAAUCGAUUUAUCUUCUACGAGUUCUGAAAAACUAAAAGCAAAUGAUACAUCAAGAGGAAAUAAUCAAUUUGGGGAUGAAGAAUGGAAUAAGAAGCCAAGGAUUCGGCAACAGAAGCAGUUUGUUCUUGCUGAUGUGACAAGAAGAAAUCUUAGUGUUUCUGAGCUACGGCGAUUGGCUACGAAUGCGAUGAAGAGAAUUCAGGCGAAUGAAAGGGGAGCAGCAAAAGGUGGCACAUCAUUGGAUCGAGUCAAACUCAUGGUUAGUUUGGCUACUCAACAGAAUGGCGGCUGUCGAGAAGCUUUGUUUGACUACGUGAUGAGUGACUUCCAACUGCAUUAUGAUGUAAUGCUGGCUUGGUUAUUUGAGGAGUACGCCGUAGCCGAGGGUUACAAAGGUGUUGUGCAACCGGAGCUGCUUGUACGUAUGGAGAAGUAUGACAAGACGGUGACCGAUCUCUUGGCGGCAAUGAGAGAUCAACUGGAUCCAAAAGACAAGAUGUUUACUCGACUACUUCUUGAUCUUCCUCGCAUUCCACCAGUCGUGUUGGAUAUUAUUCGAUCAUAUUGUGAAGACGAGGAUCGUGUUGUUCUUGGUGUUGCUACAAUGCGUGAUCUUAUCCUUACGCGGCCUGCUGUUCAGGAGCAGUUUUUGGGCAUUCUUCUUGAGUUGACUGGGCAUGAGAAAGAAACAGUUAGAAUUCAAGCGAUUCAUGUCGCUAAGAGACUGCACAGCAAGGAUCUCUUGUCUCAUGAAAUCGAAAGAUUUGCAUGUGAACAGGUAGAUACUUUGGUAAGAAACUUUCCCACCGGAGAAGACAAAUCAGAAGACGUAGAAGCCGAGCAGUUGGAUGAACGCAUCCGUUUGUGUCUUCAGCUUUUUAUUGGAUUGCUGCCUCUUAAUCACUCACUGUUGCACAAAUUAUCUGAUGUCUACGUUGAAGUCACUGCAAAUGUAAAGAAAGUUGUUUUACGCAUGCUGGAUCAUGCAGUACGAGCUAUGGGCAUGCAUUCCUCUGAUAUUCACACUUUUAUUGAGCUGUGUCCACGAGGAGCAGAGACACUUCUUAUUCGUAUUCUUCAUAUUCUUACGGAGAAAGCUGCUCCGAUUUCUCAUAUUGUUCACUUAGUAAGGGAAGUGUAUCGGAAAAGGAUACCAGAUGUUCAGGUUUUAGUACCUAUCCUUAAUGCUCUUGACAAGGCUGAGAUCUUGACUGCUUUGCCACAACUCGUUAAGCAAUCUCCUGCUGUGGUGAAGGAAGUAAUUGGACGCUUGUUAGGAAUGCAUCGAGGAGGUGGAGCUGGUAGGAGUCAAGUGACAGCACAGGAACUGAUGGUGGCUAUGCAUAAUAUUGAUGUUAGUGAGGAGAAUACAAUGAAAGCUGUUAUGAAAGCGAUCUCGUUGCUAUUUCAAGAGCGAACUGUGUAUACACAGGAAGUACUGUCAGUUGUGUUGCAUCAGCUGAUGGAUCUAACACCACUACCAACCCUUUUUAUGCGGACAGUGAUUCAAGCUCGACAAGCUUGUCCUCGUCUCAUACCAUUCAUUAUGAAUAUCCUUUCUCGUCUAAUCACGAAACAAGUUUGGAAGCAGCCGAGUGUGUGGCAGGGUUUUGUCAAGUGUUGCCAGCUAACAAAGCCACAGUCAUUUCAAAUCAUGCUUCAGUUGCCGCCCAGACAUCUACAGAGUGUAUUCGAGAUUAGUGCAGAAUUGAAAGAGCAAUUGAAAGCACACAUUAGUUCUUUCACUCCACAUCAACGUGGCCUGAUUCCACGAGCCAUACUGCAAGUGAUUGAAAAAGAGACCCAGAGAAAGUCAGCGACUCGGGCAAGUUCGGCCAAAGUGCAAGAGGCCGCUGCUAUGGUUGAGGAACAUGUCGAUGUGGAUGUACAAGAUUUAGCUCUGGAUGCCGGGACAAUGGCAGGAGAGGAGAGUGCUAUGGAUGAGUUGGAAGGAGCCGCCUUGAGGAAGACGGAAGCAGAAGAGAUCGGCGAUGAGCAAGAACAAGGAGGGUCAACUGACGUGCAACAGAUGGAAACUGUUGAAUCAGGUGGAGACAACUCGUUACAUCAAUGAUGUUGGCUGCUGAAAGGUUUCUCGAUGCAUAGUAUGCAUGAGAGUUUGUAAAGUGUAUGGAAUUUACUAAAUGUGCAUAUUCGUGUCUA